AUGGCGUAUCUCGCACCAGUAGGGAAUAUCGCCAUCUGGAGAAUCAAACAUACCCAGGCUGCAUCAGGGGAAUACGAUCCUACGCUUUUUCAGCUUACCACCAAGCUCCUCCGUUCAAACCCUGAGCAUUACACGGCAUGGAACAUCCGUCGCCGUUGCCUAAUCUCGAGUCUCCUCACCAAACGGUCAAACGCCCAAGAGAAACUGGAAGACAAAGCCCACGAAUCCGACAUUGCUGUCCUCAAGUCUGAACUUUCCUUCACCAUACCACUUUUGAUGAGCUUGCCCAAGUGCUAUUGGAUUUGGAAUUUCCGGCAAUGGAUCCUGUCGCAAGCUAUAUUUCGACUUGGCGUGGCGGCGGCACGCGAGACAUGGUAUACAGAACUUGGUUUAACGUCUUUGAUGCUUGAAAGAGACCAGCGCAACUUCCAUGCAUGGGGCUACCGAAGAAUCCUCGUGGAUAAGCUCGAAAGCCCCGAGCUGGGAGGGAAGAGCAUGGUCGAAGACGAGUUUGCGUACACUACCAAGAUUAUCCACUGCAACUUGUCCAACUUUUCUGCGUGGUACCACAGAAGCCGUGUCAUCUCGAGGCUGCUACAAGAGCGAGCUGCUGAACAUCGGGAGCGAGCAGCCUUUCUUGACCAAGAGUUAGAUCUCGUGCGACGGGCCUUGGAUGUCGGCCCUGAAGAUCAGAGUCUGUGGUACUACCAUCAGUUUUUGAUGUCGCAAAUUAUCAAGACGGUAGUGGACAAGCCAUUGCAUGGGCUAUGGACGUGCGAUCUACUUGACGACUACGUCGAUGUUAAGUGGAUUUACCAGGCCCUAUUGGAGUACACCCUGGUUUUAGAAAGACUGGACCAAUGUGCACAGGACGAGGAUGGACUUGGUGGUUUAAAACAGGCUUGGCUUACCAAAUUGCGCACUCUCGACCCAAUGCGCGCAGGUAGGUGGAAUGACCUUGAGAAGCAGAUUCAACUGGGAGAGGCUAGAAAAUGA